AUGAAUUAUAUAGAAUCUAAAAAUAUCUACAUUUCAGCAUUACUUGCCGCUCAUAGAAGGAAAAUGCGCAAGCUUUAUCUCGAUGGUAGGCGAAAAACUUCAAAUAAACAAAAUAAUGUUCCCCGUGGUAGAGGCUCAUCUAAAGUUGUUAACAGAUCCAACGUCAUCAACCAAGAGAAUUAUAAUCCUAAUAUUCCUUCAUCAUCUAAUACUUUCCACACACUUUAUAGUGUGAAAUCUUUAACCACAACAACACCCUUAAGUGGCAUAACAAAUGGUACUCUUAAUUUGGAUAACCAAUUAACCCCUACUUCUACCAGUUAUCCAUUUUCUGUGCUUUCAAACAUUGUUACACAGAAUAGUAACUCUAUUCAAGCUUCUUCAUUGACAAAGCUUAAAUCUGGUAAACAAAAUAUUUUACCUAAAAAACGCGUUAUCGAACCUAUUCCAAUGGUAGAUCUUACUUCUGAUGAUGAGAAUGAAGAGUUACAUUGCAUUCAAGACCCUUUUAAAGGUGUAUCCACAGAGUACUUGGAUCAUGGUAAUCAAAGCCUUAAAUGUGAGAUGUGUCACUCAUUAUUAUGGUCUGAUGAAGGUGGAAAAGGGAGAAUUACAUUUGGUAAAUUAACUUAUUACUUAUGUUGUGGUUAUGGAAAAGUGGAGCUUCCAGAUUUGAAAGAGCCUCCUUCAAUAUACAAGGAUCUAUUUGUAAAUUGUAAUGAAAACAACAAGUAUUUUCUAAAAAAUAUCCGUCGAUACAAUUCUAUGUUCUCUUUCACAUCGAUGGGUGGAAAAGUGGAUUCGAGCAUCAAUAGUGGUAAAGCACCUUAUGUAUUUCGUAUAAGUGGACAGAAUUUUCAUACAUUAGGUGGUUUGGUACCUGCACCUGGAAAAGAUCCAAAGUUUUCUCAGCUUUAUAUUUAUGAUACUGAUAAUGAAGUUUCAAACCGAAAAAGGUUGUUCAGUGAUUCUACGAAUAAGUCGGAUCGGCAUUUAAAGCAUAUAGAUAUUCAUCUAAUUAAGUUUAUAAAAGACUUCUUGGAUCGUAAUAAUGAGUUGGUUAAAAGUUAUAGAAUGGCAAGAAACCACUUCAAUGACAAUCCUAAUGAAAACUUCAAGCUUCGUCUCAUUUACAAAAGAGAUCUUGAUGGUCGUACUUACAAUUUGCCCUCAACUUCAGAAGUUGUUGCAUUGAUUGUUGGUGAUCUCGAACGAAUAAUUGAUCAUCGUGAUAUUGUUGUUGAGUCGCACACUGACGGUCUUCAACGAAUUAGUGAACUUCAUCCAUCAUAUUUAGCUCUUCAGUAUCCAAUCUUUUUUCCCAAUGGUGAUGACGGAUAUAGAAUAGACAUUCCACAUAGGGACGGUGUACGUACCUUAAAAAAAAUUCGACCCAAAUGUACAAUGAGAGAAUUCUUUGCUUAUAGAAUUCAGGAUCGAUCAACUUCUUUUUCUCUAAUUUUAAAUGCUCGGAGACUGUUCCAACAAUUUUUAGUAGAUGCAUACACCAUGAUUGAGAGUGAAAGGCUUAAUUAUAUCCGAUUUCAGCGGAAACAUCUUAGGUCUGAAACAUAUGAAAAUCUGCAAAAGUUGAACAAUCAAGGAACAAAUGAUUUAUCUAAUACCGGUAUACGGGUAGUCUUACCAUCAUCUUUUACCGGUGGUUCUCGGUAUAUGCAGCAAAACUAUCUUGAUGCUAUGGCUAUAUGUAAAUGGUUUGGAUAUCCGGAUUAUUUUAUUACGGUUACAUGUAAUCCGAAGUGGCCAGAGAUUAAACGAUAUCUUCGAGAUACUUCAAUCAACCCUGAGGAUAGACCAGACAUUUUGUGUCGAUUGUUUAAGAUAAAGCUAGAUUCAAUUACAAAGGAUCUGAAGGACAAAAAAAUAUUUGGAGAACUAAGUGCAGCCAUUUAUACUGUCGAAUUUCAAAAACGUGGAUUGCCUCAUGCUCACAUUUGCAUUUUCUUGAAACCGGAAUCCAAACUUAUGUCCAUUGAUCAUUUAGACAAAUUUGUUUCUGCUGAGAUACCGGAUAAAAUGGAAGAUCCUAGCCUCUAUGCCCUUGUAUCUGAAUUUAUGAUUCAUGGUCCAUGUGGGAAUGCAAAUCCCAAUUGUCCCUGUAUGGUUGAUAGUAGAUGUUCAAAGAAUUAUCCAAAAAAAUUCAACCCGGAAACAACCACUGAUGCUGAUGGUUUCCCUGUAUAUAGAAGAAGAGACAAUGGUAAGACUAUUAUAAAGUCCAAAGUUCAAUUAGACAACAGAAGUGUUGUUCCUUAUAGUCCGGUUCUUUUAAAAAGAUACCAUGCCCACAUUAAUGUUGAAUGGUGCAAUCAAGCUGGUUCUAUCAAAUAUCUGUUUAAGUACAUUAAUAAAGGUGCAGACAGAGCUUCGCUUGUCGUGUCAAACAGAGAUGGUAUAGAAAAUGAAGAAAAGGGAAAGGAUGAGAUCAAAGCCUAUUAUGAUUGUAGGUAUGUUUCCGCCUGUGAAGCUUCUUGGAGGAUAUUUGCAAAUGAAGUUCACUACAGGUUUCCUCCAGUUAUGAGACUUCCUUUUCAUCUUGAAGGUCAACAAAAUGUUGUGUUUGGAGCUGAAGACGAUAUAGAGGUUGUUUUGGAAAAGCCAUCAGUCUCGUCUUCGAUUUUUCUAAAGUGGUUUGAGAUGAACAUAAAAGAUGAAGAAGCCCGCAAACUUACUUAUGUUGAGUUUCCUACUAAAUUCUGUUGGAAAUUAAAAGAUAGACGAUGGGCACCACGUAAAAGAAAACUGUUACAGCUCGGACGCAUUCAUUCGGUGUCCCCUGCACUGGGUGAACCGUAUUUUCUUAGAAUUCUGUUAAACAAAGUAAAAGGACCAAGAUCAUUUGAAGAAAUUAGAACGGUUGAUGGUCAGUUGUUUCCAACUUUCAGAGAUGCGUGUUACGCUAUGGGUUUGUUGGAUGAUGACAUGGAAUAUAUUGAAGCUAUCAAAGAAGCCAGUUUUGUGGAAGAUGGUCGUUCUACUCGUGCACUGUUUGUUACUUUGCUUUUGUCAAACACAUUAUCAAGACCCGAAUAUGUAUUUGAACAAACAUGGAAAUACUUGGGUGAUGACAUUUUAUAUAACAAAAGAAAAGCGACAAAAAACAAAGAACUUGUAAUGUCGGAUGAGAGAUUGAAGAAUCAAACAUUGGUGGAGAUUGAAAAAUACUUGAUUAGAAAUGGUUCGUCAUUGAAACGAUGGUCAACAAUUCCUUAUCCUGAUUAUGAUUCAUUUGCUGUUGGAAACAAUCGCUUGGUUGACGAAGAACUAUCUUUCGAUAUUCCUCAAAUGCAGAGCGAGUUAGUUACUCUAAAAUCUUCUCUAACUGAUGAACAACUCUCCGUUUAUAAUCAAAUAAUGGCAGCCGUUGAAGGUGAUAAAGGAGGUGUAUUUUUUUGUUUACGGCUAUGGAGGCACAAGUAA